AUGGAAGUUUGGGAAGAAGAACGUGAAGCUGUAAAGGCCGAUAUUAGCCAACUAAAGGAUCAGGCAGAUGAUAAUGCUCACCCUCCAGUACAUAACGCUGUGGGAACACAAUUCACAUUUCCAAUGUAUGGUUUACCACUAGGUUACACACCGCCUAUUGGAGAUCAUGCAGAGGCAGAGCACACUUCUUUGGUUUUUCCCACAACCAGCAGCGUACUCCAAAUUAGUAGCCAGGGGCCUAUCCACACGACCGAGACAAAGCCGAAUGAAACGUCCAAGCUUCCCCACAUAAUUUUCGCACAAGAUGCUGCUUUGCUCACAAAUGUAGAAGGAACAAAAGGUAAACUUGUAAUUCUAGAAGACAGACUAAGAGCCAUAGAGGGGUUUGAAAGUUACGGGUUUGGUGACGUCGCAAGGUUGAGUCUGGCCCCAGGGAUGACAAUUCCACACAAGUUUAAGGUGUCAAAAUUCGAGAAGUACAAGGGUAACACAUGCCCUAAGAACCAUUUGACCAUGUAUUGUCGAAAAAUGGCUGCCUACGUUGACGACGAUAAAUUACUUAUCCAUUUCUUUCAAGAUAGUUUGGCUGAAGCAGCGUUGAGUUGGUAUACGCAUCUGGAAUCCUCUCAUAUCGGGUCUUGGACAAAUUUGGCGGAUGCCUUUGUAAACAUGCAUGUCGCGCCAGACAGGUUACAAUUGCACCACAUGCCAAAGAAAGAGGAAGAGUCUUUUAAAGAAUACGCGCAACGAUGGAGAGACCUGGCAGCGUAG